ACAUAUCAUUUCGCUCCCAAAAAAACAAACAAAAAGAGCGGGGGAAUUAUUGGUUGACGAUACCUGAACGGGGUGGUUCCGAUCAUGGACGAUACCUUGCAAGCCCUAAAGGAGCUUUCUAAUCUCAGUCACCACCCGUUGAACGGCGGCGAAUUCAACGGUUUAAAUGACGUCGACGGCGAAGAAGAGGAAGGGUAUGACACCGAGGCUUGGGAAACGAUUACCAAGUGUUUCCGGGAGGUACAGUCAGUUCUGGAUCAGAACCGAGCUCUGAUUCAACAGGUGAACGAAAAUCAUCAAUCGAAGCUUCGAGAUAAUCUGGUGAAGAACGUCGCUCUUAUUCGAGAUAUAAAUAGUAAUAUCUCCAAAGUUUCUCGCCUGUACUCUGAUCUCUCCGUAGAUUUCUGCAACAUCGUUCAUCGGCGACGGGAACUUGCUUUGUUUGAAUCUAAGAAUCGCGAUGAUAACGUGGACACCGCCGAAUCCUGAGUCAACUCGUUUGGUGAAUCGAAAUCUAGUAAUAUCAUCUUCUAUCCUAAUUAUAAACUUUAGGUUUUUAUUACUGUAUAUACUCUAGCUAGUUUAUGCGAGUCAUCAUAUGCUUUAUUCUCAACAAAUUAGAGUUCUCUGUGUUGAAUCAGUACUGUGAUGCUUGUUGUUUGUGGACGAAAUAAGAUGAAUAAAAUACUGUGCUGUUUUAGGUUAA